UUUUAUAUAUCAUAUGUAUUUAUGUCUUAUUCGACUCGUCCACGCAACUUUUGAUGUGUCUGAUUAUGUUUGAAUUUUUUUUUCAGCGUGUUUAUUGAGUAUACUUUGAUAUAAAAGUACAACUUUGCCGUCGAACUAUGCUUCGUUGAGCGGAAAUAUGCCAAGUAUAGAAUUUGGACAACGAAACAGCGAUAAUAUUGCAAUAUCGGAGACACAAAUGUUUCCAGAAUUCGAUAUUUUAGAAGAAAGCAACCAAUUCGUUCCUGAUCAUCUUUUCCAAUCAUGGGGUUCCGAAUUAGGAAUGCCUGUUUCACUGGAGAGAGAUAUCUCAGAUUCUGAUAAUUCUUCAAGUGAAGCUAUGAAAGAUAUAUUCGACUUAUUUACUAUCAAGGAACUAGAAUUUGAUCAUAUACAAAAUAGUUCAGAGCCAGGGAAAACGAUUAAGAUAAAAAAUGAAAUUAAAUUUGAACCUGAAAGUCCAAAUACACAAUUUCCAUUAUCACCCAGUAAUUUUUACCAUUCAGAAUCUAAUGAUUCAGACAGACAAAUAAAAUGUUCAAUGCAAGAAGUGUCAAAUUGUGCGAUACAAAAUAUAAACAAAGAGUUUACUUUAGGAACAUCACUAAUUUCUUCUCCACACUAUAUAUCUUCAUCAUCACAAACACCUCAAUCAUCUUUAAAUAUAUCAGGCAUAACUCAGGAUGUUAAAUUCAUACCUAUUAAUAAGCAAGAUAUAAUGCAUACCAAAUAUAUUAAAAAAACUGAUUCUACGAAACAUGUUCAUAUCCAACCCAAGAGUAUCGCACAGCAUACAAAAGAUGGUAAACUUCAAAAUACUAUCUUUCUUCAAGAUAUUACUACAUUUGCACAGAAUGCAAAUUCACAACAUAUAUUGUAUCCUUCAAAACUUCGAGUAUUACCGGCACAAAAGCAACAAAAUUCAUUAAAUAUCAAUUCUAAUAAAAAAACAAAUACUACAACGUUUCAAUUACCACAGAAUGUGAAAAUGAUUAAUACUAUACCAAACAUUUGUCCAACAAAUACUACUGAAUCAAUAGAUAAUUCCACUUUUUUAAACAAUGGAUCUAUAGAAUAUAAUAAUAUUGUUGUUAACAAUGAAACUUUGAAUUAUGCGCCAUUUCAAGUAAUACAGAAUGAAAUAAAUUCCAACUCAUUAUUAGUAAAAAACGAAGUAACUGAUUUCAAUUUGUCAAAAGAUAAUCAGGAAUGUACAUUGAAAGCACUAAAAAGACAACAAAGAAUGAUAAAAAAUAGAGAAUCUGCUUGUCUUUCUCGAAAGAAGAAAAAAGAAUAUGUAUCGUCUUUAGAGAAAGAAAUAUCGGUAUUGAAGAAAGAGAAUAAACAAUUAAAAUCGGAAAAUAUAACUUUAAAACAGAGACUAUCCGAAAUGGAAGACAAUAUUAUAAAUGACAAUAACAAAUAUAAAAAUGUCAAUUUUAAACCUUUCUUAAAAAAGAAAGUAAAAGGAAGUGCUGUUGUUCUUUUUGGUAUAAUGUUUAUGAUAGCUUUCAACAUUGAUGGUUUUAGGAAAACGCUUCCACAAAAUAUACCUUUUAAAACUGAAUCUGAUAAUUUGAUAGUAUCUAUACCAGAAGAUAGACACAACAGAAGAUUAUUCUGGGCCCUAGAUGAGAACGAUAACAAUAUAGAAGAUGGAAUCGAAGAAAAUUUUAAUAAAAGUGGUGUACCAAUACAUCAGCCAAUAUGUCCAAUGUAUAUUAAUCAAAGUGAAUCGAUACGUUUAGAUAGCGAGUUAAGACGCUGGAUCGAUGGUGAAUCUGAUCGAGAUAAUCGGACUGCUUUAAGAAAAAUAAAAUUACAGAUAAAUUCGUUAAACGUAUCAUUGUUAAGAUCGCCAUUGGAAGAAAGAGCAAAACGAAAGUUGUAUUUACCACGAGAUAGAAAAAUAAAAUUGCACAAAAUGAUCGAUAUUCCCACCGUUGAUCAAUAUCCGGAUAAUAAUGCAAUUGAGAUCUUCUCGCCGAUAUUGAGCGAACAUGCUUCUUUAUUUGAAGCUUUAGGAAGAAGAGACGAUACAUUUUAUGUUGUUUGGUUUAGUGGCGAACAUUUAUUAUUGCCAGCUUCCCGAAAAAAUAACACAGCUAGACCUAAAAUGUCUCUAGUUCUACCUGCUGUGUCUAUAAACGGUACAUUUUCAACACCACCUAAUCAUAUAACAAUGAUGCAAAUUGAUUGUGAAGUAACCAAUACGCAACUACUACAUUUACAGCAAUCUAUCAUACCAGUUCAUUUACGAAAUAGUAAACCUACAAAUCAAUCAAAUCACUCUCAUUCUGUUAAAGACAUAGAUAGUUCAUCUACAGUUAAUAUCACUAGAAAUUAUAAACCGUACUUUUUAAAAGAAGUAAAUCGGAAACAUCGAUAUAGAAAACAUUUUGUGUAAUUAUAAUAAUAAAAGCUAAAAUUUUUGUGUAA